AUGGCUGCAUCGAAGAAGAACCCUCGCACGAAGCCGAUCCCAAUAGGCAGCGCUGCCCCGCCUCCCAACGACCUGAGCGACCCCCAUGAAGUAGGCUCGCCGCCGGAAAACAUCUUUGAGUUUGAUGACUCCGAAGAUUGGACGAAUCCCAGCUAUGAAGCUGUCGUGCCGUUGCCUAACCUGAGGAAAACCGCUAGCCUGCCAAAGAAGCUUCGGCCAAGGAAGCUGACCAACAAUGCUGUGAGAGCCACUUCCCGGUCCUUGCCCAUGAACAUACCAGGCCGCCACGACCACUGCCAUCAUUGGCGGGGAACCGGGGAUGAGGAGAGCGAGGGAGCCGACUGCCGGCUCCCUCCCCACGAGUACCUAGCGAGGAAGUGGGGCACAUCGCACUCCAUGCUCGAGGGCAUUGGGAGGACCCUCAAGGGCAGAGAUCUCCAGCGGGUGAGGAAUGCUGUGUGGAAGAAGAUUGGUUUUGAAGGCUAG